AUGGCAGCAUUAGGGCUCAAUCACACUGUUACAAAAUCGAAGACCACUAUUAUUACUACCUCAACUAAAGUCAAAGGCUUGGAUUCCAAUUUGACAACACCCUCAGGAACACCUACUUCUAGUCGUGCUGCUUCACCAUUAUCAAAAAUCCCUGCAUCAAAGCGUAUAAACGUAUUGGAGGAAUAUGCCAAACGGUCUAGCGACAAACCAAAGAUGAACCUUGUAGUUAUUGGUCAUGUGGAUGCUGGAAAAUCAACCUUGAUGGGCCACUUUUUGUACGAUUUGGGAAACGUGAAUGAACGGAUGAUGCAAAAAUAUGAACGUGAUUCUCAAAAGAUUGGAAAAGGCUCGUUCGCAUAUGCUUGGGUAUUAGAUGAAACUGGUGAAGAACGUGAUAGGGGAAUUACUAUGGAUAUUGCUAUGAAUCAUUUUGAAACACCACAUCGUCAAUUCACACUAUUAGACGCUCCUGGACAUCGUGAUUUCAUCCCAAAUAUGAUCUCUGGAACUGCGCAAGCUGAUGCGGCUAUACUUGUGGUGGAUGCUGCUACUGGUGGAUUUGAAUCUGGUUUUGAUGCUAAUGGUCAAACAAAAGAACAUGCUUUGUUAGCAAGAAGUCUUGGUGUACAACAAUUGGUAGUUGCUGUCAAUAAAUUGGAUGUGAUGGGAUGGGAUCAAGCUAGAUUUGAUGAAAUCACCGCAAAGUUAGGUACCUUUUUACUACAAGCUGGUUAUCGGAAAAACAAUUUGACUUAUGUACCUGUUUCUGGCUUGACUGGUGACAACCUGGUUAAAAGAAGUCAAUCGGAACAAUUGUCUAGUUGGUAUGAUGGACCCUGUCUUUUGGAAGUGAUUGAUAUGAUUGAACCUCCUGUACGAUUGUUGGACAAACCUUUUCGAAUGGGAGUCACUGACUUUUUCAAAGGCGGUAUCGGUAGCAGUGGUGGUGUAUCAGUAGCAGGAUCUAUUGACUCUGGUAGCUUACAAGUGGGUGAACAAGUAAUGGUUGUGCCUGGUAAUGAAAUUGGUAUUGUGAAGAACCUUCAAGUGAAUGAUGAAACAACAAAUUGGGGUGCUGCUGGUGAUUCUAUUCUAAUGACAUUAUCUGGCUUGGAUAUUUUGAAUUUAAGUACUGGAUGUGUCUUAUGUACUCCUCUUCAACCUGUCCCUAUCACAACCACUUUCACAGCUCAAAUUGUAGUGUUUGAUAUCAAGAUUCCAAUUACUUCCGGAUUUCCGGUUAUUCUCCAUCAUCAAAGUUCAAAUGAACCUGCAUCGAUUACCAAGUUAUUAUGUAGUUUGGACAAGUCCACCGGAGAAGUAGUUAAACGAAAUCCUAGACAUUUAUCGAAAGGUGCUACAGCCAAGGUCAAAAUUCAACUCUCACAUCGUGCCAUUCCAUUGGAAACUUUCAAAGACAACAAACAAUUGGGUCGGAUUAUGUUACGAAAAGGAGGAGAAACUGUGGCAGCUGGUGUAGUGGAUGAAGUAAGUGAAAGAUAUUUAUAUAUCAAAAAUUUGAUUCGUAAUAAAAUAUUCAUUUUUAUAUCCUUAUGUUUUAGAUUCUUACCUUUGGAUCGUGACAUGACCAUAAUCAACCAUAUUUAG